UACGGCAUAAAGAUAAAUCAAGUUUUCGGAUAGGUAGUGAUCGCCGUCAAUACAUGCUGUGUUCUGCCAAAUAUCCACGCAAUUUCUUCACCUUGUAUUUAUAUCGAUGAUUUAAUUGGGGGGCAAUCAUUGAAUCAAUAUUUUAUCAGUAUAUUAUGUAAAAAUAAUUGGAUAAAAUGGUACAAGUUGAUACGAAAGUAACGAUGUAACAGCUGUUCCAAAUAUGACAGAUCGUAUAUUGGGUGUUGCCAAGUGUUGGAAUGGAUUUAUAUAUGAAAGGAUUAUUAAGAAUUAUGAUAUCGGUGCUAUGAUUAAACGAGGAGGCGAACUGAACGAUUAAAGAGAAUGCAUAAACAGAAAUUAACGUGUUACACGUUCAAUGAUUUAUCGUGCGAAUGGGUUGUCGAGAAGAUUAUCUACGUGUUGAUAAGGUUAGGACAAACCUAUCAGCCAUGAAGACUCCCGUACCUCAGCAUUUAAAUGGGAGUAAUGGUCAGAGUGUCGCGUCUGAAAAGACCGCAUCGUAUUUGAUAUCACGUUAUAACAAUCCAUCCAAUAAUUAUCAUGUUUUGAAAGUAGCUGGACGUGACUCCAAUUGUUAUAUCGCCAAUAAUAUUGCUCCGAAAGUAGGGAAACAGCAAUUAGUAUCAUUGAAUGGUGAUUCUGUAAGUUGUAACAGUGUCAAUGUAAAUGAGGCUUUGGCAUGUGAUGUAGUUACUAUGCCAGCGGUAAAGACAAAAGCUUUAUGUGUACACAUUCGUGAAAAUAAAUGGUACGACGCUGGCAAUGUAGUUUCUGUAGGAGUGGCAGGUACCAGUCUCAGUCAUGCCUUGGAGAGUAUGUCUUUGGCUUAUAAUCCUACUACAAAACAGAUAUAUUCCAUGGAAGAGAACGAUAUGCAUUAUGACUGUAAAUCACAGUAUCUAGAAUCGCCAUGCAAUGGUAAAGAAUUGUCAGCCAGUAUAGUGUCAAAAAUUGAUGGAGAUAAAUAUAUGAAACUUGAAAGUGGCAGUGCAAAUAGUAGCCCUAGAAACAGUUUACCUCGUUCAUGUAGCAGUACAGUGUCUUCCCUUAGCGAAGUAUCACCCUCUGGAAGUUUCUUAGGAUCCGACGAACAGCACAUUGUUGUAGAUAAACAAGAAAAAUCAAAGCGCUGGGGAUUAAAUACAUUGUUUGCAAAAAAUGUUUUCUCUUGGAAAAAUAAAGGUUCUCAGCAAUCAACUCCUACGGGUAGCCCGUCGAGAAAUAUCGACAAAGUAGGAGGAAGUUUAGCUCUAAUACAACAGCCCAGACCAGCAAACUUACCUGCAAAGAAUGCUUUGGAGGAAGAACGUCAUCGUAAGCAAUAUACUGCGAUUUUAGAAGCUGCACGUAAAAGGGAGUUACGCGAGGAAAAAGAACGCAAACAACAAAGGGAACAGCAACUUAAGGAAGAAGAAAGAUUAGCAGAAGAUUCCCAUACGUGGAACGUUCAUGUUUUACCCAAAUUUGAAAGCGUUAAAGAUACAAAGAAAGUACGUGAACUAUGGUGGCGUGGUUUGCCACCAAGCGUACGAGGCAGAGUUUGGAAAUUAGCCAUUCAGAAUAGUUUAAAUAUAACGCCACAUUUGUAUAAUCUUUGCUUGGACAGAGCAAUGUCUAAUCCAACAAAUGAAUCGUUAGCGGCGAUUAAAUUAGAUGUAUCUCGUACCUUUCCUACCUUAUGUGUCUUUCAAGAAGGUGGACCAUUAUCAGAUAGCCUUCAAGGUAUUUUGGCAGCCUACGCCGUUUAUAGACCAGAUGUUGGCUAUGUGCAAGGAAUGAGUUUUGUGGGCGCUGUAUUAUCAUUAAAUAUGGAGCCCUCAGAUGCCUUUGCCUGCUUUGCUAAUCUUUUAAACCAUCCUUGUCACAGAGCCGCCUUUACCUUGGACCAAAAAAGAAUGAAUGUUUAUUACAAGGUAUAUUCAAGCGCGCUUGCACAUAAGCUGCCAAAAAUAUUUUCUCAUUUCACAGUAGCUGGUCUUAGUCCAGACCUGUACCUGUUAGAUUGGUUGUAUACUAUAUAUGCCAAAGCAAUGCCUCUUGAUGUUGCAUGCAGGAUCUGGGAUCUAUUCCUCAGAGACGGCGAAGAGUUCCUUUUUAGAACGGCGCUCGGCGUAUUACAUUUGUAUCAAGAAGAAUUGUUGAAAAUGGACUUUGUACAUGGAGCGCAAUUUCUUACCAGAUUGCCUGAGAACCUUCAGGCAGAAGCUUUGUUUAACAGUAUUAGCCAAAUGUCUACUACUGUUGGAAAUACAACAUUCCAGCAAAUGUUGAUACAGUUUUCUUCAGUGUGAUUUUUUAGCUCUAUUUAAGAGUGAUUUGAUUUAGUUCAUAAUUGUACAUUGCACAGAAAAUUUCUUCUUUUUUAGUGAAUCUGAUGAAGAAUAGUGUGUGAAAAUUUUAAAUAUAUAAUGUAUUUAAAUUUUUAUGACGUCAAAAGGACAGAACGCACUCGGUAACCUGGUAGUAGGACCAACAGGUACAUACGCCAUACCUACAUACUACAACGUCAUGUGUCGUGGGGCGCAGAUAAAAGGCGAAUGGAGAAAUGAAAAGGAUAAAGGAAAACCGACAAAGGGAACGCAAGUGGAUACUCUUUGCCGGACGAGACAUCACUCAACUAAUCUUCCUAACUUUGACUUCUAUCCUUAAUUGGAGAGGAUCCAGGAACGAGAAGGUCUGGAGAGAAGAUAUGUACUAGGUUGUAGGUGAGCUGAGGGAAAUUCUCCGUUGGACGAGUAAAUAGGGUUUUUACUCCUACCAGCUUAUUUCCACGCCAUGUCACGCCACGCCACACAGCACGUCACGCUAUGCUUUCAUUUAAAUUCGACGUAGGUUGGAGAAUGAGAGGUGUAAAAAUUCACAUCGAUCAUCCAUCUUGCUUCUUCUCACGAGGGAAAAAAAAUGACGAGGCUGAUGAUCCUCGAUGUUGGAAGAAAAUAUUUUUUCAAGAUUUCCAGAGGGAGAGAUGAAAGGUUGCCGCAUCACAAUCCUUAAUCGCUCAGAUUAUCGGCUUACCUGUUCCAACAUAAUCGAUUCCAGUGUACGUACACAGGGAACUUCGCCAUAAUCACUUAUUAUAAAUCGAGUUGAACGCGUUCACGUUCAUCCAGCUGCAUUUGUCGGUGAUUUCAUUUGAACAAGUCGUCGAGGGGCCACCGAUAAGGACGCAUUCCAAGGUGUCGCUCGAGUACGAAUACACGAGAGGAACAAGGUAUCCCAAGCAUCGAUCCGGUAGAAAGGAGAGAAUUCAUAAGAGAGAAAGGAGCAAAGGAAAGGAGAGUGGAGCUUGCACCAUCAUCUCGACCCAGCCCUCUUCUUUCAGUUUGUUCAUGUUCGUCACGUGUUCUUUCGAGCAUCGAAAAAAACGUCGCGGAAAAAGAACAACCGACGCACAACAACAACAACAACAACAACAACAACAACGACGACGACAACAACAAAAUCAACAACAACGAUGGCAAGAGAAACAGCAACGACUACGACGACGACGACGACGACGACGACGACGACGACGAAAAGAAGACGAGAAGCAAAAGAAUUAAAGCGAAUAAAUAUAGGAAGUCUCGUUUCGAAAAGCCCGCGCCUGGCCCUCCGCGCACGACAACUCCAAGAGAUAUAUUGUCGCGAGUAUAUUUACGAGGAGCGAGAGUUAUAAAUCACGCGUUCGUCUGCUUUGGCCGACCGGGAGAGAGAGAGAGAGAGAGAGAGAGGAUGACGGUGGGGAUACAUGGGUUGGCGGUACACGAAUACGCACAUACGCAAAGAAAUACGCAUAGCCGCCGCCCUCGCUUGGUGGAACCGAACCGGUCAAUGUCUCGACGUAAUGGUUUUUCGAUAAUUGUGUAACUGUUUCACAUUGCCGCCCGGUGAAACACGGCGCUGUGUAAACGCUUUUACCCCCUUUAACGAGCGUGCCUCGGGACCUUUCUCCCUGUCUCUCUUUUUCUUUAUACACGAGAGCUUCAUAUCUCUCUCUCUCUCUCUCUCUCUCUCUCUCGCUCGCUCUCUCGCUCUUUCUUUUUUCGCUUUUGCUCUCGCAAUCAGAAUGCUCGUACAGGAUCGACCGUAUCUUCUUUGACGCGUUCACGCUGCGAGUUGUUUCGUAUUCGUGCGUAUUCUACUCUCUCCUUAUUAUUAUUCUUCAUCUUCCACCAUCUCCUCCUCCUCCUUCUCCUCCUCCUACUCAUCCUCCUCCUCCUCUUCCUUUUAAUUUUCCGUACACGGUGUGGACGUGCCAGGAAGAAGGCGACGCUUCCGCGAAUCGGAAUCAUACGUUGUUGUACGUACGACCAUAGCCUAUAAUCGAACGGACAUUGUCGCGAAAUGUUGCAUGCAAAUUGGAUCUUGUCAUUCUUUCUUUUUUUUCUUUUUUCCCCCCUUUUUUCCUCUUUUUUUCUUCAAUCUUGUGUGCGUGUGUACGCAUGUUGUUCUUUUCUCCUUUUUUUCUUUUUUUUCUUUGUUUUUUUAUGUAGAUAUGAGAUAUACUAUAGCGAUUAUUAUAGACGUUUUCAGAAA